AUGCGGUGGGGUUUGAUCACGACGUUUGUGGCCGUGGCUCUGGCCGUGGUGGUGGGUUUGGCGGAUGAAACGGGUCAGAGGGCACCGUAUCGGAUCCACACGCUGUUCUCGGUGGAGUGCCAGAACUACUUCGAUUGGCAGACGGUUGGUCUGAUGCACAGCUUCAAGAAAUCGGGACAACCCGGUCCGAUAACCCGGUUACUGAGCUGUACGGAAGAGGAGAUGAAGAAUUACAGAGGCAUGGACCUCGCUCCUACAUUCCGAGUUCCCUCUUGGAGCAGACAUCCUAAGACCGGUGACUGGUACCCAGCAAUAAACAAACCAGUAGGAGUGCUGCACUGGCUUCAGCACAGUGAAGAUGCGAAGAAUGUGGACUGGGUGGUUAUUCUGGAUGCAGACAUGAUCAUCAGAGGACCUAUCAUCCCUUGGGAACUCGGCGCAGAAAGGGGAAGACCCUUUGCUGCCCAUUACGGCUACUUGGUGGGCUGCGAUAACAUGCUUGUCCGUUUGCACACUAAGCAUCCAGAGCUCUGUGACAAAGUUGGCGGUCUUCUCGCCAUGCAUAUGGAUGAUCUUCGUGUCCUGGCCCCUCUUUGGCUUUCUAAGACUGAAGAUGUUCGCCAAGAUAAAGCUCACUGGUCCACCAAUAUCACCGGAGAUGUUUACGGUAAAGGUUGGAUCAGUGAGAUGUACGGUUACUCCUUCGGUGCUGCAGAAGCAGGACUUAAGCACAAGAUCAACGACGAUCUGAUGAUAUAUCCCGGGUAUGUUCCGCGAGAAGGUGUUGAGCCUGUUCUUCUGCAUUACGGUUUGCCUUUUGCCAUCGGUAACUGGUCUUUCACUAAACUUGACCACCACGAAGACAAUAUUGUCUAUGACUGCAACCGUCUCUUCCCUGAGCCUCCAUAUCCAAGAGAGGUGAAAAUGAUGGAACCUGAUGAGUACAGGCGAAGAGGUUUACUAUUGAGUCUUGAAUGUAUGAACACACUGAACGAGGGACUCAUACUGCGUCACGCUGUAAAUGGGUGUCCGAAACCAAACUGGUCAAAGUACUUGAGCUUUCUCAAGAGCAAAACUUUCAUGGAAUUAACAAAGCCUAAACUGGUUGCACCAGGAAGUGUACAUAUCUUGCCAGACCAACACCAACCACAACACGUAGCUGCUUAUCCAAAGAUCCACACACUGUUUUCCACCGAGUGCACAACUUAUUUUGAUUGGCAAACAGUUGGGUUCAUGCACAGCUUCAGGAUGAGCGGUCAGCCCGGAAACGUGACUCGGCUUCUCAGUUGCACAGAUGAAGAUCUCAAAAAGUAUAAAGGUCAUGACUUGGCCCCGACGCAUUAUGUUCCCUCCAUGAGCAGACAUCCUCUCACCGGCGAUUGGUACCCGGCCAUUAACAAACCGGCAGCGGUUGUCCAUUGGCUUCACCACACGAACAUUGAUGCAGAGUACAUAGUCAUUCUUGAUGCUGACAUGAUCCUCCGAGGACCCAUCACUCCUUGGGAGUUUCAGGCUGCUCGAGGCCGACCAGUUUCAACCCCUUACGACUAUCUUAUAGGGUGUGACAAUGAGCUAGCAAGACUUCACACGCGUAAUCCAGAGGCUUGUGAUAAAGUCGGUGGAGUGAUUAUGAUGCACAUAGAGGAUCUCCGGAAAUUUGCAAUGUACUGGCUGCUCAAGACCCAGGAGGUUCGAGCUGACAAAGAACACUACGGGAAGGAGUUAACCGGGGACAUAUACGAGUCCGGUUGGAUCAGCGAAAUGUACGGUUAUUCUUUUGGUGCUGCUGAGCUGAAUCUGCGGCAUAUCAUAAACAAGGAGAUAUUGAUAUACCCAGGCUAUGUUCCUGAACCUGGUGUUGGCUAUCGCGUUUUCCAUUACGGACUUGAGUUCAAAGUCGGGAAUUGGAGCUUCGACAAGGCCAACUGGAGGAACACCGAUCUCAUCAACAAAUGCUGGUCCAAGUUUCCGGACCCGCCCAAUCCUUCCGCAGUCCAUCAUACAGACAAUGACCUCCUGCAAAGAGACCUUCUCAGCAUUGAAUGCGCACAGAAGCUCAACGAAGCUCUGUUUCUGCAUCACAAGACUAGGAACUGCCCCGAACCCGGUUCUGAGUCGACCGAGAUAGUGUCGGGUUCGAGGAAAGUUGGUAACAUUGAAACGAAACAAGCGCAAGCGCAAACCCAAGGAAGCGAUGAUGAUUCGAAAGAGUCUGAAGGGAGGUUCAGCACGUUGAAGUUGUGGGUGAUCGCUCUGUGGUUGAUAUCUGGAGUAGGGUUCUUGGUAGUGAUGCUUUUGGUGUUCUCGACUCGUAAGGUGAAAGGAACAACAAGAGGCAAAGGUUACAGAAACAAGAGGCGAAAUUCCUACUCCAACACGGGUUUCUUGGACUCCAAAUGA